GGGCAAGAAACCUUGCUGAGACUUCAUCAGCUGUUGCCUCUUCUCUGACACUGCUUGACCAUCACCUCUGCUGCAAUGGGGAGGCAAAAGGACAUCCUUUCUGUUAUUGAGGAGCGCCUGAGGAUCAGAAACAAGCUAGUGCGGCAAGCGCUGGCUGAGUGCCUGGGGACACUGAUCCUGGUGCUGUUUGGCUGUGGCUCCGUGGCACAGACAUUGCUCAGCAGAGGGUCUCAUGGAGGUUUCCUGACUGUCAACCUGGCCUUUGGCUUUGCUGUAACACUUGGCAUCCUUAUUGCAGGACAGGUAUCAGGUGGACACCUGAACCCAGCUGUCACCUUUGCCAUGUGCUUCUUGGCCCGGGAGCCCUGGAUCAAGCUACCAGUUUAUGCCCUAGCUCAAACCCUGGGGGCUUUCCUUGGAGCUGGCAUAAUCUUUGGGCUCUACCAUGAUGCCAUCUGGGAUUUUGGCAAUAAUAAGCUGAGUGUGGUAGGACUGAAUGGCACUGCUGGAAUCUUUGCUACCUACCCAUCUAAGCAUCUGAACCUUGUGAAUGGAUUCUUUGACCAGUUCAUUGGCACUGCUGCCCUGAUUGUUUGUGUCUUGGCUAUUGUCGAUCCCUACAACAACCCUAUCCCCACUGGACUGGAGGCUUUCACAGUUGGCUUUGUUGUCCUCGUUAUUGGAACCUCCAUGGGCUUCAACUCUGGCUAUGCUGUCAACCCUGCCAGGGACUUUGGGCCUCGUCUCUUCACAGCCAUUGCUGGCUGGGGCUCUGAAGUGUUUUGGACUGGCCAACACUGGUGGUGGGUUCCAAUCGUUGCUCCUUUCCUUGGGGCUAUUGCAGGAGUGAUUGUCUACCAGCUGAUGAUUGGAUGUCAUGAUGAGCCUUCUCCACCUGCCUGUGAGCAGGAAACAGUCAAGCUGGCUAAUAUAAAGCACAAGGAAAGGGUCUGAGGAAGCUGUCUGCCAGGUCUGGCAGACAUUCGUUACUCAGGACUGCAGCUGGCAAAGAAGAAGGAGUUAAGAAGAGCUUCAAGAACAACAGGAAGAUCUUUUUUUCCUGUCUUGAGAUAUUUUAGCCUUU